GUCAGAACAGGAGGGCCUAGGGCCCAGGGCUGGGCGGGGUCCCUGAGCAGGAUCAUCCUGCCUAGUCCAGUGCCUGGAGGGCUAGAGGAGCCAUGUGCUGGUGGAGGGUGUGGGGCCAGAUCCUCCUGCCGGUGUUCCUCUCGCUAGCUCUCAUCCAGAUGUUUAUCAGCUUCUCCGACCAUAAAUUCACUAAAACCCACCAUCGCUGGAACCUGAAGUUAAAAACAAAACACGUUGAAACGGAAUGUGCUCAAAAGCAAACUUGUCCAUUGUGUACCCAAGACAAGAGAUGUAUUUGGUGCCGAGAAGAAAAGCUUUGCAAAAAGUACUGUUUUCCGUAUUCUGACUGUAAAUUCAAUUCCAUAUUCUGGGCAAACUGCAGAGUUGACAUGUUUGGAAUCGUGAUGCUGAUACUGGUUGUAUUAUUAGCAGUAGGAUUCUUCUGGUAUUGCCUCGCCUAUUACUUAUACAUGCAGGAGCGGCAGAUUUUUUAUUAUGCAAGAAAUGGAGAAGUUCGUGGUUCCAGCUGGAAUGCUGCCUCUGCGUAUUAUGAAUAAAUAACUGAAAAGGCAGAUCUUUCAGAGAGAGACGGAGAGCUGUCUUCAAUGAUGUCCAUUGGGAUUUUAAUGAUGUCUACAAACACUUUGAGGAUGAUUGAACAUCAAAAUUCCUUUAAGUUAAAAAUUUGUAAUUCUAUUGAA